GAGAAAGAAAUUCAGCCACAAUGUCGGACCAGUCGCCUUUCGAUACCGAUGUCCAAACAAUGACUCGAUUUGUCAUGGAACAAGGAAGGAAAGCCAAAGGGACGGGGGAAUUCACUCAGCUCCUAAAUUCCCUGUUAACUGCAAUCAAGGCUAUCUCCUGCGCAGUGAGAAAAGCAGGCCUGGCCCAUUUGUAUGGAAUUGCAGGCACUGUGAAUGUGACUGGAGAUGAAGUCAAGAAAUUGGAUGUCCUGUCUAAUGACCUCAUGAUUAAUCUGUUAAAAUCAUCCUACAGCACUUCUGUGCUAGUGACGGAGGAGAAUAAAGAUGCUGUAAUUGUGGAGCCUGAGAAAACUGGUAAAUAUGUGGUUUGUUUUGAUCCAUUGGACGGUUCUUCUAACAUCGACUGCUUGGUAUCUAUCGGAACUAUUUUUGGCAUUUUCAGGAAUGAUGCUGCCGAGCCGCCUUCUGAAAAUCUUGCUCUUCGACCAGGGAGAGACUUGGUAGCUGCUGGCUAUGCACUCUAUGGCAGCGCUACUCUAGUAGCGCUCUCCACGGGACAUGGUGUCAAUUUCUUCAUGUUGGACCCAGCUUUAGGUGAAUUUAUUCUUGUGGAAAGGAAUGUGAAAAUAAAGAAGAAGGGAAGUAUAUACAGUCUGAAUGAGGGUUAUGCCAAACACUUCGAUCCUGCACUCACAGAAUAUAUCCAAAAGAAAAAAUUCCCUGAGGAUGGUUCUGCUCCAUACAGUUCAAGAUAUGUAGGAUCUAUGGUGGCAGAUGUUCAUCGUACAUUGAAAUAUGGAGGAAUCUUCAUGUAUCCUGCCAACAAAAAAAGUCCAAAAGGAAAGCUUCGUCUUCUGUAUGAAUGCAACCCAAUGGCCUUCAUAAUGGAACAGGCUGGUGGAAAAGCCACUACAGGAACCCAGCCAGUACUUGAUGUGAAGCCAGAAUACAUUCAUCAGCGUGUUCCACUCAUUAUGGGAUCACCUGAUGAUGUUGAUGAGUUCCUUUCCCUUGUAAAGAAACAUCAAGCUAGUGCGUGACCUCUCAAACCCCUAUAAUGUGCAAACCUAAUGACUGUACAAGAAACAAUAUUAACAGAUAGGUGUAUGGGAUUUAAAUGAAGAGACUGUGCUCAGCACAAGGUUGUAAACUGUAUGAAAACUCCAUUUGAAGUAGAUGGCAAAGCAUAUUAAAUUUUCAUUGUUGUUUGGUUCGA